AUGAACAUCGUGCUGUGUCACCGCUCCGUAAACGUUGACCAGAAGCUCACGGCCCUCUACAGCCUCAAGUGGCUCGUCUCAAUCCGGGCUCCUGAGUUUGAGGAUUUCUGCCAGAAAGAUGCUCACGAGUUCCUGACGACUCUUCUGGCUCAGAUGAGCAGAGAGUCCCUGCUGCUGCAGGAGGUCGCUGCCAGCGUGGGAUGGAGCUACAGGUGCCCCGUGGAGAGACACUUUGGGUUCAGGAUGCAGACCACCUGGACCUGCAAGAGCUGUGGAGCUUCUUCUGCACACGAGGAGAACUUCACCAACCUGUCUCUCAACCUGGAGCCUGGAAGCUCAGUCCAGGAGAUGAUCCAGGACUACCUGAAGGAGUCAGAGUUGGAUUUCAGGUGCGACUGCGGCGCCAACUCGUCCAGCCAGCAGUCAGCCUUCGUCACGCUGCCCAAAGUGCUGAUGCUGCAUUUGAAGCGGUUCACCUUCACGCCGCGGCUGGGGCUGCAGAAGCUGAGAGACCAGGUCGACCUCUUCAGGGAGCUGAUGGUGGUCUCAGAGCAGGGUGACGGCUGGUACAGUCUGGUGAGCAUCAUCAGCCAUCUCGGCUCCGGAGCGCACGCAGGACACUACAUCAGUGAAGGUCUGCAUCCAGAUGUGGAUUUGGAUGACCCCGCUGACCGCUGGCUGACCUUCAACGACUCAGAGGUCACACGCACCACCGGGUCCUCGGUCUGCCAGCAGCGUCAGCGUGACGCCUACAUCCUUUUCUACCAGCGACGGAUGAUGUAGAGCAGUGGAGGAGGCCACGUGGAGGCGUGAUGAUCCCGC